AUUGAGAAGUUCUCUGGAGAUGGCUAUGAUGAUUGGGCAUGGAAGAUGCAGCUCUACUUUCGACAAAUUGGCCUCUUGAAGCUCAUGAUUGGAACGGAGCCCAGGCCAAAGGAAAUGGCAGAGCAAGCGGACUGGGAUGAACGUUCAUCUGCUGGGUAUUAUCUACUGUCACAAAGCUUGGAGCUGAACCAGAGGCAUCACAUCAUGCAUCUGCUACCGGAAACUGAUUGUGGGCCCAAGGCAUGGGCAGUGCUCAAGGACCUGCACGCUCCGACAUCGGUUGCCGCUUCUCUCAUGCUGGAUCGGGAGCUGUCCAUGCUGCGGUUGAGCGAGAAUGAACCUGUGCAGCCCGUACUGGACAAGAUGAGGGAACUCUACGCGAAAUUGGCGAUUGCAGGCAUCACGUACCCUGAGCAGACUAAUGGCACAGCUGUUGCAAGGGCUGGAGAGGAAUUGCACCCGCUUGACAUGUGGGUCAUGGACUCUGGUGCUGCAUGGACAAUGACACCACGCAAGGAUUUGCUGGAUGCUGUGCGAGCGCCUCCAAUCUCUGAAGUGCGCUCAGCAUCCGGACAUGCAGUGAAGGUCGCUGCAUUCAGAGCACCUGAUGGUGGACUGGUUGUGCUGAAGGACGUGUUACUCGUACCGGGGCUGAAGGCCAAUCUGAUAUCGCUGCGCAAGCUAGGCCAGGCCGGAGUCAGCACCACCACCAAUGGAUCCAAAACAUUCAAGGGGCUGCGAGGAGAUCGUAGUGUUCGGAUGCAUGGCAGUGGCGCAUGUCCCUAAACCGUACAGGACAAAGCUUGGAGCAUCUGCACUGUGGUGUGUGCACCUUGGGCUUGCGGCAGAGAGCAAGGGGUGGCUACUCUAGGAGCCCUCAAAGAAUGUGCUGUUUGACAGUCGGGAUGUCAAAUUUGUGGAGAACAUCAUGUAUGGCAAGUGGGAGAAGCAGCCGGAGGCAAGGGUCACCCAGCAGCUGGAAGAGAUCACUAUGCACUUCGAUUUGUCCGAACCUGAGGACAGCGAAGUCACUGCGCCAACGGCAAGCGGUACUGAUGAAGGCAGCAAUGAGGAUAUUGC